AUGCAGGCCAAGGAGGUAACAGGGGGUCUACCGGCCUUGGAGCUGCUGUCGCAGCUGCUCUUUGGCCCUCCCAAGACCCCCCACCCAGAAUUAUGGCAGAAGAAUUUUGCGCCCGAGGAUCCAGAGGAUGGGCUUCACAUUCGUGGCCAAAGGAUACAGAAUGCCUUUCCUAGAAGGAGCCCUUUGAGACUAGACAAGCUGAAACUGCCUGAGGAUGGCUAUGGCUUGGGACUCCAGGGUGAGUCGAGGGAUUACUACCGGGCGAGCAACUCCCUGCUGCCAUGCGUGCUGAUCGACAAGAGGGGAAUCCCCAUAAGCCUGGCCAUCGUGCAUGCGGCUGUGGGCAGGCGGGCAGGCCUUCCCAUAGACUGCAUUGGCAUGCCCAUGCACCUGAUCAACCGCAUGCUGUUGCCCGGGUCCGAUGAGGAGCGUUUCAUUGAUGUCUUCCGGGGAGGACAGCUGCUCACCAGGCAGCAGGUCAACGCGAUGAUGGUGGCGCUGAUGGACAGCGUGGCGCCGAAUCUGCUGCAACCGCUGUCGCGCGCGGAGCUGUACAUGCGCAUGUGCGUUAACCUGUGCCACAUCUACCGGGUGUCUGGAUCUUCGCACGAGCCGGACAUGCUGCGCAGCGUUCUAGAACUGCUGCUGGCCUGCAACGAAGUCAUUGACUACCGCCGCAUGCAUGCAGCGGUGUGUGAGGAGAUGGGUGAUUACGAGUCAGUGAGGGAGGAUCUUGAGAAGAUGGUGCCUGGUGCAUCCACCACUGGCCAGUUUGCCAUGUCCCUGGUCAGGCGCGAGCAGGAGGUGGCUUCAGAAAGCAAUAGGCAAUUCAGGCGGCCCAGCAAUGGCUCGGUGCUCUACCGGGUGGGAGAGAUAAUGGAGCACAGGAGAUAUGGCUACAGGGGAGUCAUCUUUGGCUGGGACCCGACCUGCACCGCCGGGGAUGAGUGGAUUGCCCAGAUGAAUGUGGACGCCCUGCCAGGAGGCCGGCAUCAGCCCUUCUACCAUGUGCUGGUGGACAUAGGGAGCAGACCCAACCAAUCGACGUAUGUGGCCCAAGAAAACAUCGAAAGAUUUGCCGACAUGCCGAUGGCUCGGAUGGGAUCUCCUAGCGCCAUCAAUCACCCCGAGGCCUUUGCGCGGCGGCCUCAGUGGCAUGUCACACUGAUUGAUGGAGCAGGCGAAGAAGGCCCCUGCAAGGCCUCCAGCAGCAGCACCCUUCACUGGGGCGAGUAUGAGCGGAUAGACUGGCAGCUUGUCCAUGAAGGCACGCACUCCACACUUACGGCCUUCACAAUGGGCAGGCAGCAGGCAAGCUGCUACUGCGUGCGCAAGGGGCUGAUCAGGAAGGCGCACCUGGCGCACAAUCUGAAGAAGUGGGCGGCCAAGCAUCCAGACGGCGCCAUAGCGCGCGGCGUCCCUGAAACACUGAUCAUGGAGGUGGAUGAUGUGGAGUACAUCGAUGAGGCCCUGGCAGAUGUCUAUGAGGUGCGGGAUAUGGAGGACGGGUCAGCGACCUGGAUAGCCAAGCCAUCCAUCACCAACCAGGCCUUGGGAAUCUUCAUCUUUGACCGCGUCUCCGCUCUGAGGGAGGCCCUGCAGCAAGCAGACGGCAUGCGCGAGUGGGUGCUGCAGAGGUACAUCGAUCGUCCUCUGCUGAUCAACGGGCGCAAGUUUCACAUCCGCGCGUAUGUGCUGUGCGUUGGCAGCCUCUCGGUGUAUGUCUACAGCGAAGCUCUGGCCCUCUUUGCUGGAAAAGACUAUGACAGGCAAGCCAAAUUCUUCUCCCACGUCUUCACUUCACAGAGAGAGUGCCUUGAGGCUGUCAGCAAUGAGCUGACCUUCUUCACGUUGCCAAACUGCUUUGAACUGUUUGGCUUUGACCUGAUGGUCGAUGAGGACUGGCAUGUAUGGCUCCUAGAGGCCAAUGCAGAGCCUGACCUGCAGCAAACAGGAGAGAGGCUCAAAGGAGUCAUUGCUGGACUUGUGGAGGGAACACUGGACUUGGUGGCUGGGCCCCUGGAGGCCUCAAAUAGCGAGGCUGCGAGAAACGAGGCAGCGGAUCGGCAAGGGCACUGGCUGAAGGUGUAUGAGAAGCAGAUGGAAGGGCGAGGCCUCGGCAGCUCUGGCAUGCGGAUGCAAUGA